UUUGCUGGGGCCACGAUGAAAAGUUCCUUGACACAACUGGAAAGGAGAUUCGGCAUUGCUUCCUCUACAACUGGCUUCAUCGAUGGAGCCUUUGAAAUGGGAAAUCUGUUGGUGAUUGCAUUUGUGAGUUACUUCGGGGCAAAAUUUCAUCGGCCCAAGAUCAUCGCCUUUGGUUGUUUUAUCAUGUCUUUGGGGAGCUUUUUAACAGCAUUGCCUCAUUUCUUCAUGGGAUAUUAUCAAUAUGACACAAUAUCCUUCACAUCAGACAACAACACCAGUUUCUUACCCUGCUCAUUCAAUCCCCAGGAUUCCCCCAUGGUAAAAGGGAUGCCAAGGCCAGACUGUGACCAUAAAAUGGUUACCUCUUAUGCCUGGAUUUUCGUCUUGCUGGGGAAUAUGCUACGUGGAAUUGGCGAAACACCCAUUAAUCCUCUGGGCAUAUCAUACCUCGAUGAGUUCUCUAGAGAAGAAGAUGUACCUCUUUAUAUCAGCUUUUUGCACACCGCAGCCAUGAUUGGCCCACUAUCUGGUUUCCUCCUGGGGUCUCUGUUUGCCAGACUCUAUGUGGAUGUUGGUUUUGUGGACACAGAUACAAUAACUAUCACUCCAACUGAUUCGCGUUGGGUUGGUGCAUGGUGGAUGAACUUUUUAGUUGCCGGGGUCAUCACUCUGAUUUCUGGAAUCCCUUUCUUGUUCCUGCCUAAAAGUCUGGACAAAAAGAAAGAAGCCUGUAUCCAGAAAAACCUAGAUCCCACGGAAAGCAACAUUGAAAACAGCCAUGAACAAAAGCCUGAUAUUCCCAACAGGCAUAUUCUACCUUUUUUUCCAGAGUUCUUCAAGUCUCUAAAGAGACUCUUAGGGAACAAAAUGUAUAUUAUACUACUGUGCUCCUCACUGCUGAAUGCUAGCAGUUUUAUUGGAUAUAUCACCUACCAGGCAAAAUAUAUGGAACAGCAAUAUGGACUGUCAGUGUCGAGAUCUAAUUUUAUAACAGCUGUUGCCAUUUUGCCAGUGGUCAUCAUCGGGAUGUUUGCAGGUGGGUUCAUCAUGAAAAAGUUCAAGCUAGGAAUCCUUGAUGCUACAAAACUGGGACACGCAGCGUCGUUCAUCGGAUUUGCCUUGACAUUCGUGUAUUUCAUGCUGGGUUGUGAGAACCACCCAGUGGCUGGGUUAUCAGCGACCUAUGAUGGGGACACAGCUGCUCAGAACCAGCUUUCCUUAUUUUCAGCCUGCAAUUCCAACUGUACCUGUGCUACAAGCCAGUGGGAUCCUGUCUGUGGAGAUAACGGACUCACAUAUGUGUCGGCCUGUUUUGCUGGGUGCAAAAACAUGACGAGAUGGAAGAAAGAAACAGUUUUUCACAACUGUAGCUGCAUUGAGAAAGCAGAUACUAAGUUGAGGAAUUCUUCCGCGGUGUUGGGUGAAUGCCGAAGAAGUGAUGAGUGCUCAAAAAAUUUUAUUUUUUACACCAUUACCAAAGCUGCGAGCGCUUUUCUGUACUCACUGGGUGGCGUUCCUCUGUUCAUGCUCCUUAUCAGUCUAGCUGGAAUUCCAGCCCCAGUUUACUUUGGUGCAAUGAUUGACAAGACUUGCUUGAAGUGGGGCACUAAACCCUGUGGUCAGAAAGGAUCUUGUAGGAUAUAUGAUGCAGUACAAUAUAGAUAUUCUUUCUAUGGUCUAACAAUUGCCUUGAGAGCGCCAUCUUUUCUGCUGGGUUUCAUCUUUUUCCUGCUUCUGAAGAAAAAUAUUAGAGAACAAGAGGCCAAGAAAGCUGAAAAUGAAUGUCAAGAAGGCUUGUCUCUGAAUGAAGAGAUAAAACUAAAGGAUACCGGACUUUCAGCGUGUCGUUCAGAUGCAGACAUGAAUACCUGCCUCUAGCAAAACAAACGGAGUGGUAGACCAAGAACUGUAGGGAGCUACC